GUAAGGUCGCUGAGGAAGCGCUGUGGAUACUGAAAAAAAAGUCUUGGAACUGAGGACACGCUCUACGAUCGCGCAUACACGUAGACACCUAGUACAAUGGAUGGCUUCACGAAGGCACCCUCGGCUCGUCAAGAGGCCGAAGCAUGUGAAUCGAAAAUUUGCGGGAUCACGGUAAGUCCUGCAUGUAUUUCGACGAACACAAAGAGCGACAAUUUUGCUACGGAGACCGCGGAUUUAUUCAACGCAAAAAAUACUGGGGAUAUGUCGUAUCUCCUGCCCGCGAAACCAAAGCUGAAGAAAUCGACGGGCGGCCCGGCGGGAAAACCGAAACGCAAGUCACGAACAGCCCGCAGGCGAUUAAACGCUCUGACGAACAAUUCCUCGCUACACUUCUCUGAUACAGACUCCGAAGGUGAGUUGAUAUUGUUGAAUCCACGUUCCGUUAUCGUCGUACCGGCGACAGAUCUGCAGGAAAUGUGCACCCACAUCGACAUGCCAAAUCCGACCAUUUCCGUAACGACGGAUGAAAUCGAUUGUCAUAAGACAAACACCCGGGAUAUUGAUUUACGUGAACUUAAACUAUCGACCCCCAACCAAAGCAGAAGGCAGAGUUUUGUGGAGAUUUUGACCGACUGCGAUGACAUAUACAGCAGUGAACCUGAGCUGUCGCAAAAUGAUGAAGACACCGUGGACGCCAAUAAAGAUAUACUGAAGGUAAUCAACAGCUCUGGACACCUACGUGAAACUGAUUGUGAGGAUUUAUCGGACGACGGUGACGACUGCGAGGAGGAUUUCUCUGGACGGCCGAUUUACGUGCCGAUUAGAACCGACAUAUUCGCUGACUUGAACGGCGAGAGGAUAACAACCAAGGAGGGUGACGGCCCAUUUUCAAUUGAAGUCAGGAACCAGUUGUCUGUUGACGAGAGCGCCACCGAACCUAUCACUGAUGGUGACCGCGACUACGGAGAUGACUUUAAACCUCCGCCGGUGAUUACGGCUACGGGUACAGAUAGCGAAGACAUGGACGCAUCCGAUGAAGAGGACGCGGUUAUCGGUACUCGUCAGACAUUCGACGAAAUAUUCCAAGAUAUCGAUAUUGCGACAACGUCGCAGAUUGUUGUUAGGAGCUUGAACAUGAUUGACGAAGCUCGUCAACGUCUGGGCGUCAACAAGCCUGCGAUUUACGACGGUGCCACCGAUGGGCAUACUGACGUCGAGGAUAUUGAGUGAUGUAUAGCGCUCCAUGGCGCGCGUAAAGCUGCAGAACAUGAUAUUCACUUAGGGAACAAGUCGACUGUAAUUAUUGGGCUAAACGAGAUCGUAAAUUAUGCCAAUGAGUAGUGUACCUUCACAUUAUGUUACAUUAUAUUAUUAUAUACCGACAAUUUUUCUUGGAAGGACCUGCUGAACAAUAAUUGCUACUCGUAUAAUUUAUAAGUGUAGCCAAUUUCGUAAAGUCUUGUCGGUCUUGUUGUGACAUUUUGUCAAGCGGUCGAUUCUAAGGAAUUUGUUCUUGACAGUUGUCAAUGAAGGCUUAUGCUUCAGGCUGUAAGCACAGAUGUCAGCCAAUCACAAUUAAGCAAGUUGAUCGCACGCGCUACGAGCAGGUUCUUCCAAGAAAAAUCUCUGGGUAUGUAUGUGCAUUAACAAUUUAUGUUGUAUGGUACGCAAAGUAUCCGUCUGGCAAUAUAUGAGAGAUCCAACGGACAAGAGUAUAUCUAACAUAAAUACAUACAUACAGUAGCGCUCAAAACUAUUUUGAUAAAUAUAGUAAUUAGGUUAGUUAUAAAAAAAUAUGAAGUGUAAAAUUAAA